AUGGCACCUCGGCCUCGCUUAACAUUGCUCGAUUAUGGCCAUCGUGCCAUCGUUACAACAUGUGCAGCCGCUUCGGUCUAUGGCCUGUGGGCUAUAUGGCAGAUUCACAACGCCAACAUUGCAGCCGGUGCAGAAUACAUGCGCAUUCUGAAGAUUGAACAAGACAAAGCCCAAGCUGAAGGUCGGGUCCCACCCCAGCGACUUGAUAAGCCAGCAUCGUUUUACAACAGCAACGAGCCUCAUUAUAAUGACCCAACAAUCUGUCGAGGCUCAAGCCCAGCCGGAGGCAAGCCCGUGCGACCCCUCGAAAGAUCACAAACCUCCCAAUCCCGCUCGACCGGCUCACUACCAUCCCCUCGAUCCAUUAUCGACAGCCGAGAUCAACUCGGCAUGUGGGACAGCAAAGGGUUGAAUUCUUGGACUAUCUUCAUCCAUUAUCUUUACCAGACCCUGAAACUCGGUCAAGUUGUGAUCACCUAUGUCAACUUGAUCGAACCGAAGAAGGAAGAGGUCUUGAAAUUCCUUGGUAUUCUGAUCGAGCGAUCACCAGACGGACAGAGUCCGAUUGAGCUGAGGAGGGAAUGCGAAGUUUGUGCGAUCGAAGUCGGGACGGGUUCGAGCUACCUGAUCGAAGUGAGCCUGGAGCCAUCGAGCCCGACGGUCUCGAAGCCAGCAACAAAACUACCAAGUGGCACGCAUUCUUGUAUCCCGAUCGAAGAGGUCGACGAAGCCGAACGGAUCGCCAAGAAUGACCCCAGAGUCAUCGACCUUUGUUACCAGGUGGGGAUCUCGAAGGAACAAAUCUUUGGCGACGGAUGGGCACUCGGUUAUGAUUCGCGGUUUGGAAAUUUUAAACGCUUACAACAAUGUUUAAUGUAUGCCAGAUUGGUCGAACACGGAAACUUGUACGCCCACCCGCUCGACUUCGUAGUGAUCGUGGACAUCCUAGCCAAGAAGGUGAUCCACAUCGACUUCCCACCGCAUCGGAUCCCGGGACCUGAGUUAUCCUCCGGAACCACUCAGCCACCCUCCCUGCUACACGAGGAAAAAGACGAGCUUGACGAUGAGGAUCUUCGGAAGGCGUUGCAGCAAUCCGGGAGAGACAGGAUCCUUCCCCCCAUGCGCAAAUUUGAUUAUUUGCCCCACUUGCUCAAUCAGAGCUCUCUCGAACAGGAUAACCAACCGUGGACGAUGCGCCCAGAUUUGAAGCCAUUGCAUGUCGUCCAACCGGAAGGUGUCAGCUUCGUUAUGGAAGGGAAUGUCUUGAAGUGGCAAAAGUGGCAAAUGCACAUCGGGUUCAACUAUCGGGAAGGUCUGGUAAUAAACACGGUCACUUACACAGACCGGGGACAGGUCCGACCCCUAUUUUACAGACUCUCUCUCGCUGAAAUGGUUGUCCCUUAUGCCGCACCCGAAACCCCUCACCAUCGAAAAUUUGCGUUUGACGUUGGAGAAUAUGGACUGGGUAAUCUGGCGAAUUCGCUCAGUUUAGGAUGCGAUUGUCUGGGCACGAUACAAUACUUGGACGCGGUGAAUGUAUCAUUAGAAGGGAAAGCCGUAGUGAUUAACAAUGCGGUGUGUAUACAUGAAGAAGAUGCUGAAGGCGUGUUAUGGAAGCAUAGUGAUCUUAGACCUGGCGGGCUGGCUCACUCCGUAAGAUCCAGAAAGCUAGUUGUGUCCAUAAUCUGUACCAUUGCAAAUUACGAAUAUCUAUUAUAUUGGAAUUUCUUCCAAGAUGGGACGAUAAGUUUUGAUGUCAAGCUUUCUGGAAUUUUAAAUGUGUAUCUAUUAGCCGACGGGGAAGAUACCGAUGGAUUUGGAACACGGAUUGCCCCAGGACUGAUAGCGCAGCAUCAUGCGCAUACAUUUUGUCUUAGAAUCGACCCAAUGAUCGAUGGCUUGCAGAAUUCGGUCGUACAAACAGAUGUAGUAGGAGUGUCGGAGCCGACUGGGUCUUCGGAAAAUUAUCUUGGAAACGGAUUCAAAGUACAUCGGAGGGUGCUCAAGCGUACGGUCGAAGGAGCCCAAAAAUACGACCAUUCGAAAGGAAGGUAUUGGUCAAUAGUCAACCCAAACAAAGUGCACUAUGCAUCCAAAGAACCGAUAGGAUAUAGAAUCGUGUGUAGAGAUCAGCCGCCAAUGUUAGCUAAAGCGGAUUCCAUGAUUGCUCAAAGGGCCCCAUUCGCGAAACAUGAUUUCUUUGUGACCCCCUACGUCCCUCACCAAUAUUAUCCCUCGGGUAAAUUUGUACCAGGAACGAUGGAAACACCAGUUGAUAGCAUUGAGAACUGGUUAGCUGAUGAUCAAAAUAUUGAGAAUGAAGAUAUAGUAACAUAUGUCACAUUCGGAGUGAACCAUAUCCCAACCCCGGAGCAAUUCCCAGUCAUGUCGGCAGAGACGCUGACGGUCACACUCAAGCCGAGUGGGUUCUUUGACCAGAAUCCUUCCCUAGACGUCCCCAACGCCAAAGACGCACAAUCGAGGUUAACCACCAUGCCGGCAGAAACCCUUGCAAACCAGAAGUAUAGUCAAUGUUGCCGAGAGCUGGCCGAAUUGCAGGUGGCAACAAGGAAGCCUGGGGUAGCGCCGUUUGGGAAUGGAGAAAACCCCCAUGAAUUCAAGCACAUUGAGUUUUCCAAUAAUGACAAUCUUGUGCUACAUUAG